GUGGCAAUUGGAUAGACGCACAUAAUCCACGUUUCUUUUCUUCUACCGAUUUUCUUUUUACUUUUUUCUUUUGGCUUGUCUUCCAUGGCGUCAUGGCAGACGAGUCGUCUUCAACUUCGCGUACCGCCGCUGAACCGCCACUGGCGAGCAUGCUUCUUCCCAUGCAGGCGUCGGCCAUGGAGGACAGUUUUGAGAAUUUGGAUCUAAACCAACAUCCUCAUCGUCCGCCUGAAAGCAUGCCCAAACGUAUGAAACGCAUCACCAGUAAACGCAACUAUGAACUGUUCAAGGGCAACAAUGUCUUUUUUUGCGACGGUCGGUUCUUGACCAGUCGUGCCUUUUGGGCAUUCGCCAUUGCACUGUUCUUCCUUAUUGGCCCCUCGGUGCUUUUCGCUUAUUUUACGUGUCCAUGGUUAUGGUACCAUGUGCAUCCCGCUGUGCCUGUAUUAUUUGGUUAUCUUUUCAUGUUGGCGUUUGUGUCCAUGCUGAAAACUUCCUGGACCGAUCCCGGUAUAUUGCCACGCAACUUGGAUCCAUUGCCACCUCGACCGUUGAACGAGGAUGAUUUUGGUUACCCUUACGGCAACAUGAAUCAGUAUGCGCCUCCAUUGAGAACGACCGUGAUUCAAGGAGUCAACGUCCCAUUAAAAUACUGUGACACCUGUUGCAUCUACCGGCCUCCUCGCGCUAGUCACUGCCGACAGUGCAAUAACUGUGUGGACACGGAAGAUCAUCACUGUAUCUGGCUCAAUAACUGCGUCGGCAAAAGAAACUAUCGCUCGUUUUUUGUGUUUCUCGUCACAGCAGCCUCGCUUUGUUGUUACGUGGUAGCCUUCACCCUCGUUCAUCUCAUCACACUUUGCCUGGAAACGUCCACACACUCCUUCCUUGCUGCCUUGCAGCAAGCACCCAUCAGUUUUUUUCUCACUAUUCUGUGCGCGAUCCUCAUCCUUCCUGUCGGCGUGCUUCUGGGAUACCAUUGUUUUCUCGUGUUACGUGGUGUCACAACGCAUGAACAGCUACGGUCGUCCUUGGCAAAACGACCCUUUGAACCUCAUCCUUUUGAUUUUGGUAACCCGAUUUCCAAUAUGAUCCAUAUCCUUUGCAGACCUCAGCCUAAAAGUUACUUGGCACGGCGCAAGUAUGCCGAAGAGUGGUAUGAACUCCGGGAACAAGAGAACCGGCAGAAUCCACAGGCUGACAAUGGCAUGGCCAACCCAUCGCUUACAGCGGCGGAACGCCCUUCCAUUCAUUCUCCUCCCUCCACGACCUCAAAACCACACACAAUAUCACGUUAAUCCACUUCUCCGUUGUAUAUACUACGACUUGUUCGUUUCUCUCCAACCUCUUGUCAUCAUUUUCAUCCAUAGACCACAAAAUUUUUUAUACAAGCCCGCCUAAUGACAUUCCAGAACGGUGUAAAGCUCUCAACUUUGUUUUGUCGACAAAAAGUGCAUCUUGUCUACAAAUACGCUCCUUCUCUUUAUAUCAAAAUAACACCCAUUACUUUUUUCCCAUGCUUGUUCGUAUGCUUAAUGUAAAAGAGAUUACUAGACAAGCAUUAAAUGAAGGAACGGGCUGC